AUGCAGUUGGGAUCUGUUUUUGCAGUGUUAGAUCGACGCACCACCAUUGAGCCGGAGAACCCUAAUGGAUAUCUUGCAGAGAAAGUAAAGGGACAAAUCGAGUUUCUUAAUGUGGACUUCGCUUAUCCAACACGACCAGAUGCGAUUAUAUUCAAAGACUUCUCUAUUGAGAUAGAGGAAGGCAAGUCGACGGCGAUUGUGGGUCCAAGCGGGUCAGGUAAAUCGACAAUCAUUGGCUUGAUCGAGCGGUUUUAUGAUCCGUUAAAGGGUAUUGUCAAAAUCGAUGGUCGUGAUAUAAAGACGUACCAUUUGAGAUCGCUUCGUCGACACAUAGCUUUGGUUAGCCAAGAGCCAACACUGUUUUCCGGGACUAUCCGAGAGAACAUCUUGUACGGAGGAGCAUCUGACAAAAUCGACCAGUCGGAGAUCAUUGAGGCGGCGAAGGCAGCGAACGCUCACGAUUUCAUCACAUCACUAUCCAACGGUUAUGACACGUAUUGCGGGGACAGAGGAGAACAGUUGUCCGGUGGACAAAAACAGAGAAUCGCAAUCGCUCGAGCUGUGCUGAAGAAUCCUUCGGUAUUGCUUCUGGACGAAGCGACAAGUGCUUUGGACAGCCAGUCGGAGCGCGUGGUGCAAGAGGCGCUCGAGCGCGUGAUGGUUGGGAGGACGAGCGUUGUGAUCGCACAUAGGCUGAGCACGAUCCAGAACUGCAACGCGAUCGCAGUUUUAGACAAAGGGACACUAGUCGAACACGGGACCCACUCGUCCUUGUUGGCGAAGGGUCCUACAGGUGCUUAUUUCUCAUUGGUCAGUCUCCAGAGAAAUCUACAUUGA